AUGUCCGGUUGGAAACGAUUAAAUGUUGGCGUCAUCGGCGGCGGUAUAGGCGGUAUGUCUGUCGCCAUUGCGCUGCGUCGUGCAGGGCACGAGGUGACCAUCUAUGAAAAAUCCGAUUUCGCCGGUGAGGUCGGCGCUUCGGUAUCGUGUGCGGCGAAUGGGACACGAUGGCUGUACGAAUGGGGAGUGGACGUGGCCAAAGGCGACCCUGUGGUGUUGAAGAAGUUGAUCAACCGUGAUUGGAAGACGGGGGAGCCUGUGAGCGUAUAUGAUUUGGAUGAUUAUGAGACACGUUGGGGAUAUGCAUACAAUAUGUUUCAUCGCCAGUAUAUGCAUGCUAUGCUCAAGGAUACGGCGAUGGGGGAGGAAGGAGAAGGUACACCGGCCAAGUUGCUGGUCAAUCAUCGGUGUCGCGAUAUCGAUUUGCAAACCACCACAGUCACAUUUGAAAACGGAGUCGAGGUCCAACACGACCUCAUCGUCGGUGCCGAUGGGAUCGGUUCCGCCGUUCGAGGUAUUCUGGGAAUCAAGCCCGAAAAACGUCCCUCCGAAUCCAGCUGCCUGCAUGCAAAUGUCGAUACCGAAGAGGCCGUCCGACUCGGACUCGUCGACUAUUCCCAAAACAGCGCUCUUGAGUACUGGGGCGGACAAGAAGGGAAAUGGGAUAAGAUUGUGCUCUCGCCGUGUAAUGGCGGGAAGCUUUUAUCCUAUUAUUGCUUUUUCCCACGCGCUAUCGGAGACUAUACCUCCCAGGCGUGGGGGGUAGAGAGUCGACCCGUGGAAGAGCUUCUCAAACCGUUCCCCGAACUGGACUCGCAAGUUCUGAAACAUCUUGCAAUUGGCAAGGAGAUUCAGCCAUGGCGCUUGUGGGUGCAUGAUCCGUAUCCGUAUCUUCAACGGGGAAAUGUUUGUCUUUUGGGUGAUGCUGGACAUCCAAUGAUGCCUCAUCAGAGCCAGGGUGCGUGCAUGGCGAUUGAGGAUGCGGCUGCGUUGGGAAUCCUGUUCAACAGGAGAUAUUUCAAUGGCGAUAUUCGUCAAUCUCUCGAGGUGUAUGAGAAGGUGCGUCUGCCUCGGGUGACUCGUGUCCAGGCAUCGGCUGCAAAGGCUGCAUAUAAUAUCAACGAGAGAAUUGGAUUCUCCGUGAACAAAGAUAUCCCCACCUACAAAGUGGAAGAUCCCAAAAAAGUUCUCACCAUCGAGGAGAUGAAUGCAUACGAUAUGUAUCACGACAUUGAAGAGAAACUGGCCCACAUCCGGGGCGUGAACUACGAGGACAGAUUCAUCUGUGGCCUUCCAUAUGGAUUGAAACUUCCCAACGGUGUGGUCAUUGGGACUGCAGCUUGA